CCGCCAACACAACAACCACUACCCCUGCGGCUCGGAGCCACAACAAAACCACAAACUUGACCGCCCCUAGAAACCACCAAACCUGAAUCAACAAUGAUAUCGCUCUCACCACCUCCACAAUGCCCCACAAAGAUGGCGCAAACACUACACUCAUCCCUCCUCUCUGCCGUCUUCGCAUACCUCGACACCCAAACACUCUUCACCGCAAGUCUAACCUGCAAACAUUGGCGCGCAACAACCUUCUUAUCGAGGUCCCAUUCACCGCAACUCCUUCGGCCACACCUCUCUAUGCUGCGCGCGCACUUCGGCCGCGAGACCGUCCCGCACCGCAUCCCGAUCCCAACGGUGGAAAAGUUAUUCACACAGUACGUGCGUGAGACCGCUCCAGCAUGGAUGUAUUCCCGGAGGACAUACUUAUUACCGCCCUCACACGGGGCCGUAUCCGUUUCCUGUGAUGGGGGGAACGGUGUGGAAGGGAAAAUGGCAGUGGUGGUGGGUAGAAACAAGGUGUACGUCUACGACAUUACCGAAUCCCCGAUAACACAAACUCACACCAUCCAAAUCAGCGACAAAGUCUCGAAGCUCGCCGUGAAGGGGGGAUACCUGGCUCUCUCGACAAAACGGAAAUUACACCUCUACGCCCUCCUCUCCAAUGGCCUUUCGCUGCGUCUCUACUCUGUGCCGAUCCCAGCCGUCGAGGCAAUCGCCCUCGGCCGAGCCGGCAAGGCGGAAGAACCACUCGUGGCGAUAACCACAAAGGACAAGACGGCGAUUAUACACCCUUCGUAUGCCCUCUGGCGCCGCAGGAACAACUUUUUCUUACAAGGCUCCGGUUCAGUGGCCGGCGCAUCCACGGGGCAAAGCGGGAGGUGGGAGGAUUGUCCCUGGAUAUUGGUAUAUCGGGUCACCGGUGAGAGACUGAGCUUUAAGAGCGAUGGUCGGGGGGUACUUGUUGGGAAUUCGCUAUUGGGAGUUUGGGAUGGGGAGGAGCGCAACUUGGCCAGGACUUGGAAAGGCUUUGGACGGAGGCUUGUGUUGAGGGUGGAAGGGGAUGGGGCGGUUUGCUUUGGCAGCCUCGUUGGCGCUGUAAACAAAGGCACAGUCACAGUUCAAACCGGCGAGAAAAUCAAGGAGGUUAGCGGUGGGAAAUGCUACACUGGCUGCUCCCAGGGCCGAGCAGCAUACUUGGCCUUCUCGAGAGCACCCGGACAAAUCAGUGUGGCCCCCAUCGGCGAAGGCAAGGAACAAACAAUCUCCCUAAACUCUACCAGCGAAAUCCUCUCCAUCACCGGUGGAAAAGAACGCAUCGUUGUGGCAAUGGGGGACCGCAUCGUAACGCUAAACCUCUGGAACCCAUCCCCCGAUUCCCAGCUCAAGAUCGAAAAGGACGGCAGUGUACCCUCCUCUCAACCCGGGACCAAUACCAAAUACGACGCCUGUGUCAUUCAAUAGAUCCUGAGUGACGCUCGGUGAUGGCUAUCCAAUUCUUUCAUCUGUCCUUUGUAACAUAUAUAUAUAUAUAUUAUGGCGUUUUGUAUUCUCCUCUUCUCUUCCCAGCUGUCUAUAUCGGGGUCUGUAAGUUAUUAUAUCCUUUUGUUUUGCGGGGGGGGUUUUUUCAUGUUUUUUUUUCCCCUUUGGUCGGUAUCCACGCCGAUGGCCCAAACACACCUUAGCCGCCCACACUUCCCUCAGGAAAUUACUUACCGGUACAAGUACCAAUAAUCGGAGGGUUUCCGUGGGGGUGGGGACAGGGUAUUUUGUACUGUACAAUACAGCACGGCAAGGAUGUGUGAGAUAUGGUGCGGCGGGAACCGGGACAAGGGUUGUAAUGUUGAUGCAGAUAUAUGGAUGGGUCUAAAUAUACCGCGCUAUAUUGUACGAGUACGUAUCGAAUAUUGCUCACUAUGAUAGGGGGGGGGGGUUCGGUAGAUGUUCACGCAUACCUUGAGGGGUAUUUGUGCGCGGGUGAAUAUUAGCCUACUAUUUACAAGUGUAUUGUACUAGAGAUCAAGUCUAGAUUUAUGAGGUUAUAUAUAAUAGGAAUGGGGGGAUUACCG